AGUCUUUCGCAUUUCCUAUGCUGGCUGCUUUUUGUCCCCUACUGCGUGCGGUGUCCGCUUCCCUGCGGAAGUGGUGGCCGUAAGGGAAGAAGAUGGCGGCCACUAUGGUGGCAGCACCUGGUUCGGCCGCCAGUCGGGCCAACAAGCGAAGUGGCGGGGGACCCGGAGGCGGCAGCGGCGUUGGCGGGGGAGCCAGAGCGACUGAGGAGGAACCGCCGCCGCCCCUGCAAGCAGUUCUUGUGGCCGAUAGCUUCAACCGUCGCUUCUUCCCGAUCUCCAAGGACCAGCCUCGGGUCCUCUUACCCCUGGCCAACGUGGCAUUAAUUGACUACACUCUGGAAUUCCUGACAGCCACAGGUGUACAGGAAACCUUUGUCUUUUGCUGUUGGAAGGCUGCUCAAAUCAAAGAACAUUUACUGAAAUCCAAGUGGUGCCGCCCUACGUCCCUCAAUGUGGUUCGAAUAAUCACGUCAGAGCUGUAUAGAUCGCUGGGAGAUGUCCUCCGUGAUGUUGACGCCAAGGCCUUGGUGCGCUCUGACUUCCUUCUGGUGUAUGGAGACGUCAUCUCAAACAUCAACAUUACCAGAGCCCUGGAGGAGCACAGGUUGAGGCGGAAGCUGGAAAAAAAUGUAUCUGUGAUGACAAUGAUCUUCAAGGAAUCAUCCCCCAGCCACCCUACUCGUUGCCAUGAGGACAACAUGGUGGUAGCUGUGGAUAGUGCCACAAACCGGAUACUGCAUUUCCAGAAAACCCAAGGCCUCCGCCGUUUCUCAUUUCCUCUGAGUCUGUUCCAGGGCAGUAGAGAUGGAGUGGAGAUUCGCUAUGAUUUACUGGACUGUCACAUCAGCAUCUGCUCUCCGCAAGUAGCUCAGCUCUUCACCGACAACUUUGAUUACCAAACGCGAGAUGAUUUUGUGCGAGGCCUGCUAGUGAAUGAGGAGAUCCUGGGGAACCAGAUCCACAUGCACGUAACAGCUCGGGAGUAUGGUGCCCGGGUCUCCAACCUGCACAUGUACUCGGCUGUCUGUGCCGACGUUGUCCGCCGCUGGGUCUACCCCCUCACCCCAGAAGCCAACUUCACCGACAGCGCCUCCCAUAGCUGCACUCAUUCCCGACACAAUAUCUACCGCGGGCCUGAGGUCAGCUUGGGCCACGGCAGCGUCCUGGAGGAAAAUGUGCUCCUAGGCCCUGGCACUGUCAUCGGCAGCAACUGCUCCAUCACCAACAGUGUCAUUGGCCCCGGCUGCCACAUUGGUGAUAAUGUGGUCCUGGACCGGGCCUACCUGUGGCGUGGAGUUCGAGUGGCUGCUGGGGCGCAGAUCCAUCAGUCUCUGCUCUGUGACCAUGCUGAAGUCAAGGAACGAGUCACACUGAAGCCACGCUGUGUCCUCACCUCCCAGGUGGUAGUGGGCCCAGAUAUCACGCUGCCCGAGGGCUCGGUGAUCUCCUUGCACCCUCCAGACGCGGAGGAAGAUGAAGAUGACGGCCAGUUCAGUGAUGAUUCUGGGGCCAACCAAGAAAAGGAGAAAGUGAAGCUGAAAGGUCACAACCCAGCAGAGGUGGGCAUUGCGGGCCAGGGCUACCUCUGGAGAGCUGCGGACACGAACAUGGAAGACGAGGAGGAACUGCGGCAGAGUCUGUGGGGCCUCACGAUCAACAGGGAAGAAGAGAGUGAAACUGAAAGUGAGAGAAGCAUGGGUUCUGAGGAGCUGGACAGCCGGGAAGGCUCCCCUCAGUUGGAUGACAUCAAGGUGUUCCAGAAUGAGGUCCUGGGAACGCUGCAGCGAGGCAAUGAGGAAAACAUUUCUUGUGACAAUCUCGUCCUGGAGAUCAACUCUCUCAAGUACGCCUACAACAUAAGCCUAAAGGAAGUGAUGCAGGUCCUGAGCCACGUGGUCCUGGAGUUCCCCCUGCAGCAGAUGGAUUCGCCACCCAACCCAACUCGAUACUGUGCUCUGCUGCUUCCUCUGCUCAAGGGCUGGAGCCCCGUUUUCAGGAACUACAUAAAGCGUGCCACUGACCACUUGGAAGCAUUGGCAGCCAUUGAGGACUUCUUCGUGGGGCACGAAGCUCUUGGAACUUCCAUGGCCAAGGUGCUGAUGGCUUUCUACCAGCUGGAGAUCCUGGCUGAGGAAACAAUCCUGAGCUGGUUCAGUCAAAGGGAUGUAACCGACAAGGGCCGGCAGUUGCGUAAGAAUCAGCAGCUGCAGAGGUUCAUCCAGUGGCUAAAAGAGGCUGAAGAGGAGUCCUCUGAGGAUGACUGAAGUCGCUUCCUGCUCCCGUGUGUGACUGUGGCCCUCCUCGCUCCCAGGACUGAAACCCUGCAGGAGGAGAGUGAGCA